ACUCAAUGACCCAUAUCUUCCAGAUAAUCGUUAUGUACCUUCAGGUAUUAGAAUGUGAACGUAACCAACACCUGGUCCAGACCUCAUGGGUAGCCUCUGAGGGUAAGUGACUAAGACUUCUCCUCUGCUGCCCAUGGUGCAGGGAUAGCUGCCGUCUUCAGUCAACCCAAAGCUCUCCCAAGAGAAGGCUGGCUCUAGACAGUUUUCUCAUUCUGUGAAUAUUCAUUUUAAGCAACCUUACUGAAAUGGGACAAUUUGGAAACCUUAUUUCAUGUGCCACAGAGGAGAUCUGCCUGAACUCUGACUGUUCUUCUGAACUGAUCUUCCCAAACACCCUGAUUUCUCCUAUGGCUGACUUUUUGCAUCAAAAAGAAUUCAGUUCUGGAUGGAAAUGGACCCUGAAACCCCACUGGAAGUUGAGCUGUGCUGAAGAGGAUUUCAUUUCAUGGCAGAACUGCUCCAGGAGCUGCAGCUUUUACCACACACCUGGUCCUGCCCUGUUGCAGGGGGACAUGUGAACCUAAAAUUCUAUUUCUGAGUAUUUCUGAGCACACUGUAUGUUGUCUUGAUGAAAAGAACUUGUUUAUUGCAUGAGAGCAGGCCAGUAGAGAUCCAGCAGCAAAAGUGAAGUUAAAAUUGGUUCUCUUCUCACCACUGAAUUUGCAGCAGUCAGACUUUGUUUCUGUCACACAUCCCUCCCCUUGAGGGAUUUAAUUUUUAGUUAUUCCUUUUAUUUUUCUUGUAGUAAAACCAUUCAGCUUCUCUUUAGAUUUACAGGAAUAGAAUGUUGAAGUCUAGUAACUGAAUGCAGAAAGAAAUAGCCCUUAUAGAAGUAAAAACCAAGCCAAAAACCCAAAACAAGAGCCCCAAAGAGCUUUGCAGUGCCUUGCAACCUCCUGCUCUCGUGUUUUUCAGGAACUACAUGAACGACAGCCUGAGAACUGAUGUGUUUGUGAGGUUCCAGCCAGAGAGCAUUGCCUGUGCCUGCAUUUACCUGGCAGCCAGGACACUGGAGAUCCCUCUUCCAAAUCGCCCACAUUGGUUUUUACUGUUUGGAGCAACAGAGGAAGAAAUUCAAGAAAUCUGCUUAAAAAUCUUGCAGCUCUACACAAGGAAAAAGGUGGAUUUAUCUGAUCUGGAAAGUAAAAUAGAAAAGAAGAAAUUGGCCAUCGAAGAGGCAAAAGCACAAGCUAAAGGUCUGGUACCUGAGGGAGUUCCAAGCUUGGAUAACACAUCGGGAUUUUCCCCCAUCCCAAAAAAUGAGUCUCCAAAAGAGGUGAAAGGAAACAAACCCUCACCUCUACCUGUGCAGGCCAUGAAGAAUGCAAAAAGGAAAACAGAGGGAGCCAAGAGAACCAGCUCCAGCAGCCCAGUAAAUGGUGUCCAGAAAGGAAGAGAGAGCAGGAGUCGAAGUGGAAGCAGAGAUCAGAGUUACUCAAGGUCCCCAUCGAGGUCUGCAUCCCCCAAGCACAGGAAGAGCGAGAGCUACUCCACGUCCAGCGGCUCCAAGUCCCAGAGCCGCUCUCGGAGCCGCAGCGAUUCCCCCCCCAGGCAGUUCAACCACAGCUCCGCCUACAAGGGCUCCAAGGGCCGCGGCUACAAGAAAUCCAAGGAGUACA